AUGUCCAUAUGCACUUACUGGGCAGACAUUGGAAAGUGUAUUUGCGUCAGCGUAGAUUAUAGGUUAGCUCCAGAAAAUCCGUUUCCAGCUGCCGUAGACGAUGCUUGGGAAGCAUAUCUCUGGUUGGUAAAUGGAGGUGCUGAAAAGUUGGGAGGAAAUAUCAACCGUGUGGGAGCUGGUGGUUCGUCAGCCGGUGGUAAUUUGACUGCAAUUCUUUCUCAUAUGAUCAUUGAGCAAAAAAAUCUGUUUGGUGCUUCACUUCCUUUGCUCAAGUACCAGAUUCUUAUUGUACCAGUGACCGACAAUACCGCUAACAAGAACACUUAUGAGUCUUGGAAAAAGUAUGAAUACACCGCUGCUUUGCCUGCUGAGAAAAUGAUGUGGUACCGGUACCAUUAUUUGCCAGACGAAAAAGAUUGGACCAAUCCGAAAGCUUCUCCUUUAUUUUAUGACGAUAAAUCGUUUGCUCUGGCACCUCCAGCCUAUAUAGCUGUGGCUGGGUUGGACGUUUUGAGAGGAGAAGGAGAAGCUUACCAUGCAAAACUUGUCAAGAAUGGAAUUAGUUCCACUCUUAAAGUGUAUGAAGGAGUGCCUCAUGUGGUCAUGGCCCAUGAAUGGAGUGUUGGAUAA